GAUAUGCCCACUGGAAGGGUCAGGUGUUAAAUUCAGAUGAACUUCACGAACUGUAUGAAGGACUUAAGCUGAACAAGGUGAACCGGUAUGAUUAUGUACUCACAGGGUAUACAAGAGACACGUCGUUUCUUGCAAUGGUGGUGGAUAUUGUCCAGGAGUUGAAGCAACAGAAUUCUAACCUAGUAUAUGUAUGCGAUCCAGUGAUGGGUGACAAAUGGAAUGGAGAAGGCUCUAUGUACGUGCCCAAGGAUCUCCUCCCAGUGUACAGAGAUAAAGUUGUACCCGUUGCUGAUAUAAUUACUCCUAACCAGUUUGAAGCUGAGUUACUCACGGGCAGGAAGAUUCACACAGAAAAAGAAGCUCUAGAGGUAAUGGAUAUGCUCCAUGCCAUGGGACCAGAGACUGUCGUCAUCACAAGCUCUGAUCUGCAGGCACCUCUAGGAAACAACUACCUAAUUGCUUUGGGAAGCCACAGAAAAACUAAAGCAGAUGGUACCAAGAUGACACAAAGAAUUCGAGUGGAGUCUCCUAAAGUGGAUGCUGUCUUUGUUGGAACAGGAGACUUGUUUGCUGCUAUGCUUUUGGCAUGGACACAUAAGCAUCCAAACAAUUUGAAGGUGGCAUGUGAAAAGACUGUGUCAGCCAUGCAACAUGUUCUGCAAAGGACCAUUAAGAGUGCAAAAGUGCAAGCUGGAGAAGGAAACAAACCAAAUUCAGCCCAGCUGGAACUGAGAAUGGUCCAGAGCAAAAAGGACAUAGAAAACCCAGAGAUCAUAGUGAAAGCCACUGUGUUAUAAAGGCUGUAUGUCUCCAA